AACGAGUAACAUCGUUUCGGGCGCGUGAGCAUCAUCCGUAUCAGCCGUUGUCGAUGUAGAAGCUGGAACCGAAAACCGGCAGGCAGAUAGCGUGUUUGCGGGAGUGAGCGAAACGGAACGACAUCGCGGGAUUUACCAGAGCGGGGGAAAGAAAGUAGCCGAACAACGAAAAACACGUCCAUCAUACAAAGUUUUCAUUAAGAGUCGAAGAAGUGGAAAAAGUUUAGUCAGUCGCGCAGAGUGAUCGGUGAAAGAAAGUCGUGUUUUUUUCCUGUUCGAAGAGGAAGGCCGGGCGUGUUAUAAAGCCUAUUUUACGCUGAUAGUUUAAGUUAAAAUAAUUUAAAAUGAAAGUCACAUUUCUGCUCGAGUUGCUGCUAAUUCUGAUAAUAAUUGCUUUUGCUGCCUCGAAGCCAAUCGAAGAAGGACGAAGUGUGCGGAAAGGAGCACUUAUUCACCGGCAGGCAGAAGAAGAGGUAGCAGAUGCCGCAGCAGCAGCAGUAGAAACCGGUCCAGUACCUGUAGCACCCGUUUCCGGUGGCGAUGAUGAUGACGACGAUGAUGAUUCGGACGAAUUCGAUCUAGGAGAUGACGACUCAGCCGAGGAUGAUGAUGGCGACGAUGAUGAUGAUGACGACGAUGAUGACGACUUGAUUGGUAUUGGCGGAUCUGUUGAAGAUGAAAUCGAUGAUGAUGACGACGACGAUGAUGAUGACGAUGAGGUUGCUCCAGCCGCAGUCGCUCCUGUGGUGCCUGCUGUUGCUGAUCAACAGAAACAGUCGGCUGUCAGUCAACCCGCAGCUCCUGUUGCGGCUGUUGAAGAAGAGGACGACGAAGAAGAUGACGAUGACGAUGACGAUGAAGACGACGAUGGGUUGGGGUUUUUCGGUGAAGAUAUUCUAGGCGCUUUCGAUGACGAUGAUGAUGAUGACGAUGACGAUGACGACGAUGACGAUGAAGAUGAGCCAGCACCAGUUCCAGUUGAAGCUCCCGUCGCUCCCGUUGUUGCCCCAUCGAAAAAACAAAAGAAGAAGCCUGUCCCAGUAAAGGAACCAGUGGCCAGCGUGCAGAAUACUCAAGCUCUUCUAGAUUUGGCUGAUGCAGCUGCUGCUCAGAAUGAGAUUGAAGCUCCACCAAAGCCAAAACCGGAAGGUAUUGACGUGAACAAUGAGGUUAACAAGAUUGUUGAAUCCCUUGCAGCACAGAAGGCUGAUCAGAACGCUCAGCCGGCGACGGAACCUGCGACGGAAGAGGAAGAGGAAGCCGAAUACGACGAGAGUUCGCCAGAAAAGGUACAAUCACUAUCCUCUGAUAAUAAUAAAGUUGACGUUGUUGCCGCUCCUGCAGCCGUGACCGCCACUAAGCCGACCAGUGACGAUGACGACAUCUUCGAAGGUAUCACAUCGUUAGUGGACGAUGACGACGACGACGAUGACGACGACGACAGCGACGAAACGACGGCACAGAAAGUUGACCAAACUGCCACGAAUAGCGAAAAUGAGACGCAAUCCGAUGACCCCGAGGACGAUGACGAUGACGAGGAGGACAGCGAUGAACUGAUCGACGAAAGCGCCGUGGAGGAAAUCGCCGAAUCUGACGUGUGAGUGCAGUUGUUUUCCUUUACAACUCCCCAUCCUAGAGUAGAAAUGGAUAAGGAAGAAGAAUGAGAAGAAGAAGAGAAAGGAAAUCUAACAGGUUAAAAGCAGUUGAGAGUGAAAGAGAGAACGAAGGAUCGCUAGAGAGAGAAAGACUCUUAUGACCAAGGCCAACGAAAAUACUAACUCAUUUUCAUGUGUGGCCGAGCUCCCACCCCUAAACAUUUCAGCAUCUUCCUAAUCUUCGAUUUACGAAGAUUUUUUUGCAACUGAAUCUAAACUUCGAAACUCAAAGUAGAGAAAAAAAAAAGAAAACGGAAAAUUUAAAUUUUCACGAGCCAUUAACAAUGAAGAUGAAAAGCGAGAGGAAACGACCAAUCAAGACUUGUACAUGACCGCGAGACACCUCCAAAACUUACCCCUGACCCGGUAGCGUUAAGUUAAUUUAUUUAUUUAUGUAUUUAAAUUAUUUAUUUAAUUUAUUGAGCGUGUAAAAAGACAAACCAGACUAAAAGCAGAGGAAAACAAAAUAACGCAAACAGAAGGGAAGGUCUCGACUUUGACGUAAUUGUGAAAAGAAAUAAUGUAAAAGUGA